UCACCCAAGGCUUUAGCUCUCUCCUUAUCUUUUCCUACGAGAAUUCAUUUUUUCCCUUAUAAGAAACAUUAAUUAAAUACUAUGCAAGAACUAACACAUCUCCUAAUCUAAGUAGAACAACUACUAAUAAUAAUGAAUACUAAUAUCCCAUAUUAAUAACAAAAUACCAACUAAUGACUAAAAAUAAAUAAGCCCAAAAUUACCGGAAUUGUCACGCUAGCACGUCUCAUAACAGCUCAUCGGGCGUUACCGUGGCAAACCUACCCAUGACGAACUCGAGAUCAAUGCGGACCACUUAUGUUUCAUCUUCAAGGGUUGUUGAUGUAAAGACCACAGUUGGAGGCACCUUGCGGGUUCCAAGCUCCUACAAUGAUCAUGUGGUGCUGCAAAAGAAGGAGCAUGGAAUUGCUGAGGCAUUGAGUCGAAACUGGGGUAAUGGAAGUGGAGGUUUGGUGGCCAUAGGGACUAGGCGUGGCGAGUAUGACGAAAUUCGUAAUUCUUUUCGAUGACAUGCCCGUGGAGGAGUGGGUUUGCUGGAAUCCAGUUCUAGAUGUCAUUGACAUAAUAUGGGCUGCGAUGAACAAUAGAAGGGGGGGCUUGUUCAGUUCCUAGCAUCAUGAUUAUUGGAUGCAUAAACGAUGUUCAUUCCCUUCCAAUCAUGGGCGUCCAGUAUAAGGAUGUGCCUCAGGGUUGCUUAGAUUUUGGGAAGACGGCGGAAAUGAUCACCUCAUGUUGGGAUUUGGUGUUCUUUGGCUGCACAUGGAAGGGGAAAUGUGAUUGCACGAACACCAAUGAAAAACAAAUCAUUUUUGUUGGAGUUGCUUGUGUUAGAAUUUAGAAAUCGUGUUCGAGAGUUUGAAGGUAAGUGGAAGAGGAGGAAGCGCGAGCAACAACUGAAACAUUAUCAAGGACAACUGAAGUGGAGAGCUGAAGUUGACUACAACCUUAAGGACAAAGUCGCUUUUAAGUGGGGUAGAUUGUUAGAAAUUCUAUCUUUGGAGGACCCAAAUAAUCUAUUAGCAGUAUU